UUUAACUUUCUAUUGAAUUGUUAUUGAUUAGUUCAUUAGUUUAUGGUGCAUUUCUUCGCAUGUAUAUGACAGGCAUAUUAUUAACUGUAAUCUCAAGUCGAUCAAUCAGACAUUUUCGUUGAUGAUAAGUGGUCAAAAUUAAAAUCAAGUGUCUGGAGACCACCCCUCAGGUGAAUUUUAAUUUUUAAAAUCUGUACGUCAUAUGCCAUUACUUUUUAUAAUGAAUAUAAUUAAUUGUUCACAAAGGAAGUAGGAAAAUCCUUAUACAAAGAUUGAAACAAAAUGCCUACAUCGGGUAAAACUGCGAUCCCAUUUGAAGGCACGAAUCCAGAGGAAACAAACGAUGCAUAUUUUGUACAAACUCCCAAUAACCAAGGAAAUGUUUCCGGCGAAGAGUCUGACGUGUCAUUCACAGCAGAUCUGCAAAGUUCUGGAGAAGAAAGUCUUGAAGAACAAGGUGUAACGCGUACUUCACGAACCACAUUGAAUCUGGAGUACGACAACAAUCCAAGCAAUUUACAGCAGGACACUUCUACAUGUAUAUCAUCUGCAGCACAUGCAUUAGGUGCAGCAAAACAAACUGGCUCUAGCCUGGCAACAACCUCAGCAGCUCCAGCAUUCAACUUAACAGAGGGAGGAAUUGCAGGACAUACUUUGUAUAGGAAUACACAAAAAUCAGGAACUAUAGGUGGCUUUGUCUCAGAUUCAGAUUCCCCUAUAGGUUUAUUUAGUGUUGCAAAUUCUGGUCUUGGUAGUACAGGUCAAACACUAGAAGGGCCGAACAUAAAUGCUAGGUUGAAUGCACAGAAUAAACCUUCUAGCGUUAGGGAACAAGUUAGUUUCAGUGCAAGAAAACCAGUCAAUUCCGGAUCAACGCAAGAUGACAAUAUCUGUAUCAUUUCCAGAGACGAGUCUGUUAACGACGAUGUCAUAAUAGAUGAGAGACCAGUGACACCACACACAGCAGGGGGAAUGAGCGCGGGAACCAGUAUGUAUGGGAAUGCACUAAAUAAACCAGGAGGACAAGGUGCCUUUAGCUCAGCUGCCCAAACAGAGGACAAAUUCCCUGAUAAAGAAGAUGAGGCUCAUUCAAACUUAACAGUAGCGAAAGGAUACAAACCAAAAGAAAAGAGGCCGAAAGAUCACCAGAUAGAUCCGCCCAGCUUAAUAAAAGAUGUUAUGUGUCACGUUUGCUCUGUCGAGGUGUCUAACAUUGUUUUUCUGCCAUGCAGCCAUUUGUAUUGUUGUGAGAGUUGUGCAAAUAAAGAACCAAAGUGUAAAAUAUGUCGUAAACAAGUUGAAAAGAAAUUGAAGGUAUACAGGAAUUAAGGUAGUUCUGCAUGUUCGGACUGAUUUUUUUACUACAAUAAAGAAAUUCAAAUUAAUAAAUUAUGAAUAAUUUAGUAACUGUUUAGGUUCCGUUUUUAAGGAUAUAUGUUGCAAUAUAGAUAACAUACUGUAUAAGUUUAAAAUAUGAUUAACCCAUCCAACGCCAUUUUAAGGCCUAUGCUAUUUUGAAAUUACGAAUUAGGUGGGUUGGGUACAUGAUAUUAUUUCUGAUUAAUUUCGAAGUUACUGUAAAACAAACGUUAUUCCAAUGUGACAAUACAUCAAAACCAUGAAGACAAGUGCUGAACUCUUACUUUAAUUUAAAAAGUAAAGUGGGAAAAGUUAUCAGUAUGUUCGUGUCACAAUUUUCGGGGUAAGUAUUCUAUGUCAUCGUGCAUAACUGCAAAAAACUAUAACAUACAUAAUAAAGCUAAACUAUCCGUGUAAAUGAGCUGAGAGCUAUUUUUCUAUUUCCGUUUAUUACUUUUCUAAAAAACACAUUACAAUUUACCAGGUUUUGGCAAAAUUUGUCAUUGUUGUGCACAUCCCUUUACACAUUAAAGAAGUCCGAACUAUAGGUAUGGUGUGCGAGAGGGGCCUGAGCGCUUACGUAGUGCUCAUUUACAGGAAUUGUACUGCUCAUAUAUUUAUGAAUUUUAUAGGUAGAUAGAAUUAUUUAUGUCAUUGUUGUACAUUUGGAGCAAUAUGUUAAUUUAUAUACUACGGUAAAAGCCAAUCAAUGAAUUCCUUUUAUACCGUUGAACCAAUCGUGAAACGGCAUCUUCCUUCUUCGUCAGCAUUCAAGAGUGAAUAGCACGCUUCUUUCUUUAAUUUUAUUUUGGCUAAUUUCUGGUUUUAUCAUAUCACCACAUGCCAUUCCGCCUCCUCUUUCAAGUGACAAUUUUCUAAUUUUGAAAGAUUUUUCUUAAUAUGCAAAUUCAUCUACAUUUCUUGAUAUGCUUUCGGCGGUUAUAUCCGCCCUAAUAUGUGAAUAUAUAUAUAUUUGUUAUGGUAUUGGACUGUAACUCCAUUCAGAUAUGAGAACAUAUAUAUUUGUUAAGGACGGUAUGUUUCGCCCAGAUAUGUGAAAAUAUAAAUUUGUUAAGGUAU